AUGCUGGCCCUCCCAGUCCCUCCAAUCCUCAAGGCUCACCUCCAGAUCAGCUCGGUGCACUUCUUUGCACACUCGAACGCCACCGCGGUGUGCGGGCACGGGGGUUUCGGUGGCGGCGGAGGCUUCGGCCACCACGGCAUCGGGGGCGGCUACCACCACGGCCCGGGAGGGUUCGGGGUAGGCCUCGGCGGCAUAGGAAUGGGGAUCAGCGGCGGCUACGGCAUGGGGGGGAUGGGCGGGUACCGCGGGUACGGCGGCGGCCACCACGGCUACCGCGGCUCGGCCAUGAGGCUGCCUUGGAUGGGGGUGCUGGCGGCGACGGCGGUAGCCAGCGGCGCGGCGGCGGCGUACCCCAGGGGCGCCAGAAGCCAGGUCACGUGGAAGGAGGGGAGCAAGCAGGUGUCCGCGCAGGUCGGAGGCUUGACGGUCAACGUGGCCUGUGCUCAAAACCUGAAGAGCGUGUCGACCAUGAGCACCCAAGAUCCGUACGUCAAGGCUAAGCUUCUCGUCGACGGAUACCAGGUCUCCGAGGUGAAGAGCGGGACGCACAAUAACGGCGGCCGGAACCCCAGCUGGGCCGGGAGGAACAACUUCUUCACCUUCUACGUGCCUUCGAACGUUCCGCUCCGGAAGCUGGCGGUCGUGCUGGAGAUCUACGACUACAACACCAUGUCCGCCGACAAGAUGAUUGGCACCUGCGGGAAGAUUCCUCUCCAGGGGAUCGCAGACGGGAAGAUGCGGUGGUGGACCGUAACGAGCGGGGGGCAGCUGCAGGCCUCUGUCUUCUCUGACGUAAAGUUUAACAGCACCAAGGCAUCCAAGUCCGGUGGUCAGAAGCAGCACCAGAAGAAGAACAAGCACAAGCACAAGAAAAAGACCAAGACCAAGACCAAGUACCACUACGGCGGCGGCGGCGGCGGCGGAAGCCGGAACGAGUACAACAACUACGUAAACGGCAUGAACAACGCCGGCCGGAACCACGAGGUGCUGCCGUACGAGGCCUGGGCCAACGGCCGAUACAGGGACAACCGCAGAAGGGAGAGCAGCAGCAGCAGCAGCAGCAGCAGUAGCAGCAGCAGCGACAGCGACAGCGAAUACGGCUACGGCCGCAAGCACCAAUACGGCGGCGGAGGGAGCCGGCAUGGCUACGGUGACAACCGCGGGCACACCAAAUACGCCGCCCCCGCUGGCAGUAACGCCGGCUACGCACCACCCACAGCCCUUCCCCCUUAUACGUAUGGCGCUGGCGGAGCCCCCGCGAACUUUCAGUCGCCGGACUACCGCCCGCCCGCAACUGCACCUUCUGCGCCCCCGGCGUACCCGGCGACGGCUUACCCGCCGGCUGCGAGUGCACCGGGACAGCCGCAGGCUCCGCCGCCGUACCCUCGCGCCACCGCGCCGCAACAGGGCGGGGUGUACUACAGCCAGCACGCAAGCAAGACGUAGCUCGGCAGAGUGCCUUGGAGCAAAGCCCUUGGCGAAGCGAUGGCAAGAGACGGUCGCGAUCACCGGGAGUGUGACGGGGCCUAGUGUGGCGGUAGGAAGUCUGUCUCUCUUUGUGAUGUUUUUCGGCAGGUGUUCUUGAGGAGCUCCAGUUUCUAUGCUGCCUAAAUGGGCGGUCUCGUUGUCACCGUUAUUGGGUGACCAAGUCAGACCGUUGUUGAGGGCAUUCCCCGCAUCACCCACGAUGAUCCAGUGUUGGGACCAAGAUCGAACCUGUCCCGAGGCCGAUAUAAGCCUUUUCCAGAUGGUUUUUGGUGCCGCUCGUGCCAUCUGGGUUGCAGAAGGACAGCGUAGUCUCUGGUUUUCAUAUAGUCUCAAGUUUGUCGACAGGGAAUGUAGAUGUCUGGCCAAAUCCCCACAUGGACCCUUGAGACGAUCAAGCACGUUUUGUUUCGAUUGGGGUGUUGCGGCUUUCGGAGAGUAUAUAAAACGGUGCAAGGGUCAAUCGGAGGUUGGGGAUUUAAUGAGAUAGAAUGGUAACCCUAUUUUGGACAAGCAGAGUGCACGGAAGUCAUGUGGGCAUAACUCGUUGUAACUACCCCCAGAUCGGUGGGGUUUGCAGCGCAGACUCCUCACAUUUUUGCCCUUUUUUCUGAGAUGACGUUGACUGAGGAGAGCAUUGGCCUUUCGGAUCUCGUCCAAGGAUUUCUGUUGUUCGGUAUGUACGUUGUUUGGGGCGGGGCGUGAGUUUCGCGAAUCUUUUUGUAACUGGGCGUAUUUACGUGAACGAGACAUGUUCCUUUGCUAAAGACAUAUUUUACAAUACCCAUGUUGCAAAUGCUUCAAGCGGUGCUACCGGAAUUGUG